CCCAAACCACCUAAGGCUGUUGCGCCCGAAGUCGAGAAAGCUGUCUCGGAUUUCGUGAAAUACACAACGGAAACGGCUGGCGUCGAUGGUCUCCGUAAGGAAUGCCGAGUUGUGCUCGAUUCCAAGCCAAAACCAGGCACAUACACCAAGUUUGAGGAGUUUCCACAGCUCAAUCGAUAUCCGGUAGGUUUUGACGACAUCAUUCUACCUGCUCCCGAAAUCCCAUGCCUCGACGAAACCCGAGUCAUUUUACAGCCGAUCGAUGAGACAGAUUACGAUUACAUACACGCAAAUAGGGUGAAAUUUGAAAAGUCAGAAAGGGAGUUCAUCUUAACACAAGGUCCGAAAGGCAACACCAUUGAAGAUUUCUGGAAAAUGAUCUUUCAACAGCAGUGCUCUGGUGUGAUCAUGUUGUGCAAUUUCUACGAAGAAGGUGAACAGUCGUGCGAAGAAUUCUGGCCAACUGAUGCUGGUGGCUACAAAUAUUACGGGAAAAUGUUUGUGAACAACAAGAGAAUAGACCACCAGGAUCAGUACGACGUUUACACGCUCGAAGUAUUACCUGACGGUUGCUCGAAUUCGAUAUUAACACGCCUUGCUCAUUGUACUACAUGGCCUGAAAAGGCCGUGCCAUCCAGCGGUCGAAUGGUUUUGCGAUUGAUACGAUGGACACAGUCGUUGGAGCCCGGUCCAGUCACACUUCUCUGCAGCGCCGGCGUUGGUCGAACCGGUACAUUCGUUGCUAUAGACGCUGUUUGUACACGACUUUUCAAAGGAUACGAAGGAAAUGUAAAAGAUAUUGUAUUGGAGCUACGACGACAGCGAGCAUACUGUAUACACAACGAACUGCAGUACUUCUUUGUUUACUCUACCGUACUCGAUUACAUUAGGGCAAAAUUGCCGAAAUAUCACAAGCAAGUGGCGAAAUUCUACACUGAAUUAAGCAAAGUGUGA